AUGAAGGUAGAACCAAAUUUGAGUGAAAGAGCGGUGAGAAGUAUUAUUAAACUGGAUGAAACUGGAAAUUUUCGAUAUGAAGCCAACAAUAUAUUGGGUCGUUCAACGGCAGGCUCAUCAUAUUAUCUCGGAAUGGCUGCAUGGAUUCGUGAAAAAACGUUCGACGAUCACAAACUUGACGGCAGUCUUUCAACACUGACGAAAGCGCUUGAAAAGCAACAGCAAAUCGAUGCGAUUUAUGUUGAUUUUGCUAAAGCUUUUGAUAGGGUGCCGCACCUGUUAAUAGUAACGAAGCUACACAGGGCGGACUUCCGACAGCUUCCGGGGCUACUGUUCUGCACCGUCCAGCAUAAGUUCGAUGUUCCGGAGGAAAUAAGGAACAAGAACCUAUCCAAGUUUGCCAAGAAAUACAAGGUUUGGCAAGCGAUCUGCUCAUACGGCAAACCGAGUGCGCCGUUCAUGACUACCGGGACUGUUAACGGGCAUAUCUACCUCAAGGAGUGUCUGCAGAAGCGCCUACUUCCUCUAUUAUCACCGGAGGAAAAACCACCGUCGGCAAGCACAUCGCCGUCGCGUUCAGCUGGCCAGCUAGCACCGCAGCAAAAAACACCGACUAGCGAGGAGCCAACUUCCAUUAAGCGGAGCGAAUCCUCUCAGGAGGAUUUGCAACCAGAUCCCACGAGCGGCUUCAAUUCGGUUCCACUCCCACCGCAAGCGGCCGGCAAGAAUGAUGCCACGGAUAACACUAACGAGAUUAAAUUAAUCGCCAAUGAUGAAUGCGAUAUCAUAGACUUUCCGCUGCCAGAAAUUCCCGUCAAACAAGAUCCGACCUCUUCGGAUACCAGCUUUCUGACGGCCACGGACGGGACCGACACUGCCGGUAGCUAUGUCAAAUCGCCUACAUUGACGAGAAAGGAUAAAACCAACAACGAAUCGAAAGAUAAUCAGGAUAAGCAGGUAGAUCAGACAAAGGAAAUGCACUAUCGAAACUCGAACGACAAACCGACCUAUCUGUUCGGUGAAAAUUUGAAAAAGAAUGAAAUUUUUCUCAAUAAAUCCGGCUGGGUGCAGGUCAGUCAGCCACCGCCGCAUCCUUUCGAUCGAACUGUACGAGCUAAAUCGUACCAGUCUGAUUUGGUUGGGCAAAGGGUGUCCCGAAAGUACAUCGAGUACGAUGAGAAUCGCUACGGAAAGGGAAGUAAGCUGGAGGAUCUUCUUAAUCGAAAUGAAGCGCGAAGACAUCAAGUGCAAAGAAUACAAAGACAGGACAAUGUCACAAUCCUGAAAAUAGAUCCAGAGCAAUCUUCUGGGGGUCGUCCGGUAUGUUUGCCAAUCAAACGAAACCUAGCGGAUAACUCACCACCUCCGGUGACCCCAAUCCUUUCACCGCCACCAGCCUUUCAAGAUUCCAAACACAAAAAUCGCCUUAGGGAAAUUAAGCCCGGAACUCACAUUUUUCUAUCGGUAGCUGACAAUGAAAAUCGUAAUCCAAAAGGAAUGGUUUUCUCUCGCAGUUUCGAGUACGACAAUCGACGCUACACCACGUCCAGUGUCAUCGCAGCCCAACAGCACAAACAGAAGCAAUCCUCCUACUCCGACACGUUUUCGAAGAGUUUCGAUUUUGAAUCUUCCCUGGCGGCACCCAUGCCAAAAACGACCGACCAACCGUUCAUUAGACGAAAUAAAUCACCGACUUUUUCCACCCUAACGGGAAACUCACCUAAUUAUCUAACCAAAAAGGAAAAACCAAUCACCAACCCAGUGGGAAUUUUGAAGGAUAGCUCACCCAUCUUCCCGAAGACGAUUCCUGCCAGCAGCAUUACCAGUUCCGGAUACGAAUCACUGAAACGGUUCGGUGAUAAAAACAAAUCGCUCGAUUCACAGUUUAUGUCUUCCAGUGCAACAUCAGCCGGUGCUAUGAAUCGAUCCCGACGUUCGCAGUUCUCCACCAAAGCCAACUCAACCCACGGAUUACCAUCGUAUGGUUACCGGUCCGACUCCGUUGGCAAUUCAAGACUAAAUUCCUGUGAUAGUGGUGCUAGAUCGGAUUAUUCCAACGAUGGCGUAGAAGAUGACGAAGAAGACGCCAGCGAAGAUCAAUCGUCUUCGCUGGCACUAAGCUACAAAUCGUCCACCUCGUACAUGAAUCAAAUGAAGAGCAGGUCUCUGCAUGGUAGUUCCGGAUCGGGAAACACCUUAACCGCACAUAGUGCACUGAAACCGCAACGGUCCUUGACCCCGGAACGAUUGUACGACAACGAAGACUACGGUAGCAUACGAAAUCUCAAGAAGCAGCGUUCGCUUACGCCGGAGAAGCGAUCGCGAACACCGGACGAUCGAACGAAAGGCAGCUCCCGGAAAGGAGAGAUGAAUAGUUCUCAGUCGUCGCUAGUGUCCCGACAGAGCUCCGGAUCGCGGAGUAGUACUCUGGAACGACGCUACGACGAAGGUUACCUGCGCAGCUCGAGUAGAAGUUCGUCCAAUUCAAGCUACAGCGGAGACGAAGCGCUAACCGGAUCCCACCGUCGAAGCCAUCCACGGCCCGUGAAUCUUCGGCCGGCAAACGUGGCCGGUGACUACAAAAUUCGAAGGUCAAGAUCCUUGCAGCUGUCGGAGCGAUCUCCCAACCGACAGCUGAUGGCUUCUGGCACUCAACAACCGCACAAAGUGGUCGUACGGCUGGGUAAUGUUCCGAAGGAACGACCCACCUACACGGCUGGCACACCCCGUCAAAGCAGUCAAUUACUCACGCAGGAAUCAUUCCACGGUUAUCAGAUCUCUCCGAGCAACACGAUGGACCGUUUGCGGCGGGAAUCGACCAUCCAUUCGAUAGAUGUCGAUAAGAGCAAGUCGUUCGACAACAAUAACUAUGGAAUGUACGAGCAUGACCUUGACAAGAGCAGAUCGUUCGAUGAAAACUAUGGGAUCGGAAGCGAGAAGCGAGCGUACGUCAGCACGGAAGCUAGAUCAUACAGUCAUGAUCGAGUUUUCGGAUCAACGGGAACCUCUUCGAGCAACGAAUACAGCCAGUCCUCAGCGUCCCGGAAUAGAAGUCCACAAACCUACGGGAGCCGUCUCUACGAUCACGAACUUCAGUACGACAUGAGCCGAAAUGCUGUGAAUCGUUCACCUAUUAUCAAUUAUGGUCAACGACGAAUGCUGUCACGUUCCCCGAUACCUGGAGCCAGUAAAGUUGGAGUUGAACAUUACCCAAAACCUACGGAUCUGUAUUUAAUGCGAAAAACGCCAGACUCGGAGUACAACGAUAGAAUAACACCGGACUUUAGGGGCGAUCCUGUACCACUAUCGACUGUAAUUGUACCGAAGAAGACGUCAGCAUCGGCGGCCGCCGCCUUCAAGGAGGCCGAACUGGUGAAAAAGUUUUUAUGCGCCACCAAGAAUAAGCUAUUGCAAAGAGAGUCACGUAACAUUGUUGUACCUGGGGCCGGAACGCCAUCUGCUGGAAGUUGUACCGCUAGUUCCUGUGAUUUUUGGCCACAUUGUGGCGUCACGUCGUCACUAACGGUCGAACAGAAUCAAUUAACCAAGUCGGGUAGUGAAAACUGUUUGAACAGAAGAAGUACUCUCGGGGGUGUGAUUGACAGUGAAAUCGGGUCGUACGGGGAAGUGAUAGUAAUCGGUGAUGCAACGGCGGUAAGCGACAAUGGGGGUGCACCGAUGGUGGCGAUUAAAGCCAACAGUUACGGUGGCGUUGGCCACCAUCCGCUGAAGAAGCAGAGAAAUAUCGAAAUCAGUGACGGGGAUCUUCCGGCGGUUAUCGGCACCGGGCGUCGAUAUUAUUACCCUGGUGUAGCAACGACAAACCAGUCGGCCAUUGUGAAAGCCAAUUCAAUCACAUUUCUCGGCGAACAUGAAAUGCCAAUUACACGAGAUCGUGUUUCGAAGUCAUCCUCCCACGGUGGAGCAUCCUCGUCGUCGACGACGAUUAAUACACUGUUAGCAAAGCAGCAUAGCUCGGGCACGAUAGCAUCGUCCUCGAAAAGUAAUUAUGCAUCUCUGUCCGAUCAAUUGAACCAGAAAGCCAAAACAGCCGGCGGUGGUGCUAACAGUGGCGGUGGAAGUAGCAAUAGCAGCGUUAAAAGCAAUAGUAGCAAUUACAAAGUCAAUCGUAGUCCCAGCAACAGAAGCAAUCCUAGCAGCGGCAGCGACCAUCAACAGCAGCGCCGCCCUGCCGCCGGUGUCCUCGUGCACGGUUCGGCGGCGAUGACAUCUCAAGCUGGCUCCGGGAAUAGCACACGUGACAGAAAAUCGAGGUAAGUUUUCCGCACUCGGUUCGGAUAGACGACCACGCGGCCUCGUUCGGGCUCCAUCAAGAGAAAGUUCGAAAUGAAGCUGAAAAGUCGCUCGCUACCGAAGUCCUUCAUGCGGUACAGCAACUUGACAUCGGACGAUCUGGAACUGUCGGCAAUAUUUUCACCGAACUCGCCUCUCCAGCUAAGAGCCGUGUCUAGUCCUUCGCUAACGGAACCUACGCAACCGUCGUCGGUCACAACGGUGGCUGCCACCGACGUCAACAGUUCCAACAAUGGUUCCAACCUGGAUCGAACUCGAACCGGAUCGCAUCCCCAGCAAGUGAAAACUGCCCCGGGGAAAGCGGCACUAAACAAUCCAGUUUCAGAAAGCGUCCUGCAAAAAUUCCGGAAAACCUUUUCUCAGUUCAAACCAAGUAAAGCCGGUGUUUCCAACCAGCAAACCGUUAACGGUUCUUAUACGUCAGCUGGUGGUAUAGGCAAUACCAGCAAUAGUAGCAGUAGUAGUACAAAUAUCCCAUCACAUUCAUACCCCUACCAACAACACAGCGUGGAAAUGAGCGCGGAAACUGUCGGCCAACAGGAACGACCGCAAGCGCCACCCCACCAACCGAACCACCAUCGGUUCGGCCCGCUGAUAUGGCGAUCAAGCAAGGAGCGGCGGAAAACCAAAUCACACCGGCGGGAUAAAUGCAACAGCGGUGACUCCGGCAUCCAGGUGGAACUGGAACCGGACGAGCAGCUGUUGCCAGAUGGAAUCGAAGCAACGGAAUCGACUGCAUCACCACGUUCGAAUAUCUCCGUUAGGCGGGCGAAUUCAGCCAAAACGACGCGAACCGACGCAGCAGCAUCUUCGAUUUUGAAACACAAAUUGUCAUUGAAAAGCAGCAAUAAAGAAAAUGUGGCCAACAUAUCAAGACUUAGCGGUAAAUCGUUGAGUCAACCUUCCGGCUUGGACUGUGUAGCUGGCGAUGAAGAGCUGGAAGCAGGAGACCUGAGUGAAUCGGAUAGUGACGAAACAGCAGCUCCUGUUCUGCACGCCAAGAUGAACGAUGAACCAAUGUUUGCGGAGGUUCUGUUUUCAUUUCGACCCGCCGGAUCGCAAGAACUGGCGCUUGAAAAGGGAGCUCUUGUGGAAGUACUGAAACGCGAACCUGGACCAUGGUGGUGGGGCCGAGUAAAAUCGGAUGCCAUCCUGUCUGGUCGACCGGACGACGAAGAGAGCUCCCCGUGCGGAUGGUUUCCCAUGGACUUCGUAAAGCUUCUGCCAACCUAUAAUAUGCCAAAACAAAUCAUCAUCAUCAAUAACAAUGAGGACAGCAGGCGGCACAGUGGCGUUGUCGGUGCCGGAGGAGCAUUGAGCGAAAGCGAGUUGACCAAAAACUGUGAUAUGGAUUCAGUGAAAGUGGACGAUGAUAUCGAAGCGGAGGACCCGAGCCCAGGAGGCUCCACUGGUGGCGGCUCUAGUCAGGAACAGACCAAGGAGAACGUUAUCAAGGAAUUACUCGAGACUGAGAUCAACUAUGUCAAACUGCUCAAUUCACUUUGUUUAGGGUUUAUCAAACCACUACGUGAGCGGGAGGAUGUUUUUCCAGUGGAGAGCGUCAAUAUAAUUUUCGCUAAUUUAGAGAAAAUUUGGCGGUUUCAGCAGACCUUCCUGGAUGCACUUCGAAUAGCAGUGCCCAAUAACAGGAUUGGUGAAGUGUUCCUUGAAUAUCAAUCAGCUUUUAUGAUCUACUCAUCGUACUGCAAUUCCUACCCGCGAGCUCUGAUGGAACUGGAGAAUUACGCUAGCAAUAAGGAAGCGUGUACCAUACUGGAAAAUUGUCGUCUGGCUCAGAAUUUACCGGAGUUGCCGCUUUCGGCCCACCUGCUGGCACCGAUUCAGCGAAUCUGUCGAUAUCCUCUGCAUCUCAGCGAACUAGUCAAACAUUCGCCCACUCGUAAGGAGCUUCUGCCGCUGCUCAAUUUGCGUAAAUGCACCAAGUCCGAUCUGGAAACGAUGGACUGCCGGGAAGUGUUCGAGCUAGCGCUGGCGGCGAUGCGGCGCGUCACCGAGAUGGUUAACGAAGGUAAACGUCACAGCGAAUACCUGUCACGCAUUCAGUCGCGCUUCGAGAACUUCCAGGGACCGUCGAUCAACGUUCACAGUACCCGGCUGUUUCUGCAAACCGACGCCAUCCGGAUGUCACCGAACCUGUGGAACAACACCUAUACACUGUUUCUCUUCGAUAGGCAGCUGAUUUACUGCAAAAAGGAUCUCCUAAAGCGAACCAAUUACAUCUACAAGGGCAGGAUCUUUUUGGACAACUGUCGGAUAUUGAACCUCCCGGACGGGAAAAUGUUCGGAGUAACCCUUAAGAACGCUCUGCGACUUUACUGCGAUACCCGAAAUAAGUGGUUCGAUUUUUGCUUCCGCAGUAGCAGCAGUAAGUUACGAUUUUUAAAUACUCUUUCCGCUGAGAGACAGUUUUGCGGGGAAAGUUUGUUCGUUUCCGAGCUGGACGGUGCUUGCGUAGACGAAGACAACCUGUCGGAUCGGGAAUAUUUCCCAUUCACUGACGAAAAGGACGGCUGCAGCAAUACCGACACGGAAACAAGCAACGAACGAGUGGCAUAUGAUCUUGCAGAUAAUCUGCAGUUCUCUUUAAUGGGAGGAGGAAUGACCCAGAGUGCUAGAAGUAGCAGCAAUUGCAGUGUACUAAAGGAAUCUCCCACGAAUGUAGGUGGCAAACAAUCUGGAAAUACGCUUCCCAAAAAGUCUCGAAAAUCGACCAAAGAUCAGCAACAGCAGCAGCAACCGGAAUACAGUUCUCAUUCACUGGGCCGACGGAAACUAGGUAAUUGGUUCCGGAAAGCGAAAAGUACCAACAGUACCCCGUCCCAAAGCCCAACCCACAAUCCAAUGGCCCUUUCACUAGCUGCCAUCAACAGUAGCCACCAGUCCCAACAUCCGUCGGACAGCUCCUCGGCUAGUAGUCCAGGACUUGGUUACCAACGGACCCUGUCUGCCCUACCCUGCUCCGCUGCCAACAACGUAGCGACCACCGGAGUACCAUCGUCUACAUCAACCAAAGGUAAACACAAAGAUACCCAAUUAAUGACCCAAUCGGCCACAUCCUGAGGGUACGAGAGCACGUUGCUCUAGUUCUAAGUCAUCGGCAUCGAGAGUUACACCCCUAGCCCGUCCCAUUAUUACCAGCCAUCAGUCAUAUCUCCACAGACACGCAAACAUCCCUACAAAUACCGCGAAAAAACAAGCGCACUCAAACCAAUGGUCUCUCUUGCUCUCGUUGCUCACAAAGACGUGUUACAUGAAAGUAGAAGUAAAUCAAAAAAUCUCCUGGAUUAAUCCAUUUAAUUUGUAACUACUACUCUAUUGUUAGUUAGUUGUGGUGGUAGAUACAAAACAGAAUUUAAACUAAAACAAAAAUUUUAAGUUUAUUUUUCAAGACGGAAAAAAUUGAGUUUUCAAAUCGAGUUUCGUUACAGUAACAUACUUAGCUAUGCAGCAGAAUUUGGUUUCAGCUAAAUUGUAAAUGCUUUUAUACCAUUGGCAAAUUUAUGUAUUGUUUUUUAUAUA